AUGACCACUUCAAUCAGCAUCAAGUUUGUAGAGAAGGCAACGUUCUCCACGGAUGGCACGUCUUACGUGGCUGACUUGCCGCGCAGGUCCGGCUAUCUGGCAGUACGAAGCGCCUCCAUCAAGGGGAAGGGAAACGUAGAUAUAGUUGUACGGCGGACUCACUACGACGAGGCCGUCAGGAUAUACCAAGAGUCCGACUACGGUCUCGCAGUGACAGACGGCGUCGAGACCAAACCACGCCUUGGUGUCGUGCCCGACGAGGAGAGCGACGACCCAGUGUUCCAGCGCGCUACCCGUGACGACGCAGUCCGGGCGCUAUUGGAAACAAAGCAACCGUACGGCGACGCUCUUCACAAGUUCCUAGCCCUCGUCAGCAUGAUCCACUGGGAGACGGCCGAGAUGCAGCGCAAGAUGGAGGCCCCGUUUACCAAGGCUCAACUCUCCCAGCACUCGUCGCUCUUCUUUGACGAGAUGGGAAACGCGCUGCCCAAGAUGGGACUUAAAGUGGUGCAUGACACCGGAGCCGGGGCGGCGGUGGACUACGACGGCGGAGUGCAGUCGGGUGACUCCAAGGUGCUGUGGACUUUCGGUGGAGGGACCAUCGGAGGCUCCCAGAACGGGGAUAGCGGCGAGGAGGGGUCGAGACGAACGGUUGCCAUUGGUUCCGCGGAGGACGAGCGGCUGAAAGCCCCCGACGUGGCCGCUACCACCGUAACCGAGAGUACGAUGCUCGUCACCCUGUACGACGGGGUAGUGCUCGCCGCGCGCGGGAUCGGGCCAUGGUUCUGCGAGAACGUGGUCGGAGUGGCAUUGGUCGGGCCCAAGAAGAAGCUAUCCCUCGUGAAGACGAGGGGGGGAACUACCUCCGGCGGCGAGCAGUGGGUCUACUAUGUGCUCGCCGCCACCAACUGGGAGUAUUGUUGGUCAGGCCCAGCUUUCAUGGUACUGGUGACGCAGCAAGCCUGUUUCACGGGCAAGAUCAACCUAUGGCAGAAAGACAAGAGGGUGAACCACAUGGAGGUCGGCCGAUCAGGCGACUUGUCGACCCCCGAGACAAAGGGGAGACUCGGAGCAAACUCGUGCAACGUGCACGGCUGCCCCUGCGAGAGUGCCGAGGAGUGCACCUGCGUCGGCCACCAGCACGUGAAGAACGCCUCGGUCGCCGGUGAGAGUGUGGUGGGGGGCGCCCCCAGCAACGGUGCGGCGGCGAGAUUGCGCAAGCACAUCCCCGACCCGCCCAAUCCCGCGAAAGCGCGUGGCUUCUGCUUCGGCAUCGGGGCAGACGGUGUGGGUCUCGCCGAGAAGCUCAAGCAACUGUUUGCCGGUGAAAACGGUUUCGGGAAAGGGCCAAUCACCACGAAAGGGUGCCACACACCCAAGUUCGGAGAGGCGGGAGUGACAAAGUCGGACAGAUUCUCUUGGCAGCUUGACGAGGACGGCUGCCUUAUCCUGCCCCCCCACAACACCAACAACCCCGGCGGGAAGCACCCCACUUGCCAGAUCGGAGGGACUGUUCCCGUCGAGAAGGUCAACGGAUCGUGGCGGCUGUGCUCAUGGGCGCUUCCGUACGUCUCGACCGGUCGGGUCGUGCAAAAGAUUACGCACAACGCACGCCACAACAACGCCCCACAGAAGAGCAGGGGCAAGAAGAGGGCGCUGAAGCAGGGCGUUUCAACCGUGUAA